UCCCUUGCAAGAGACAUGAAUAUUUGUUACGACCGGACCGUGGCUGCGAAUUCGAGUAACAAGGAGGAAGAGUUCCCGAAGGGCAACGACUCCAUUUUGCCAGAAGAAUCGGUCUCAGCCGAAUAUCUGGAACCGAGAGCACGUGGUGCGCCGAUGCGUCCCUGUUUCGAUAACGUCUCGGGGCUCUGCAACAGACGCAUCCUGUCUGCUGGUCAAAUCUGCGGAGCCGUAGACGUGGAAGACCUGGGUCGGGUCUUCGACGGAGACCGCGACUCUAGGGUCAAGCCGAAAAUGAUAUUCAGAGAGCGCAAGAAAAAAGAUGAAAAUCAUGAUAAAACCAUUCUGGAGAAUCAGCGCUUUACCAUGGAUGUGGAAAUCGAUCGAUCGCCUAAUCAAAAUCCCGAUGCCCCCUCUUUCGAGGGAGUAUAUUAUCGGUCGGAAAUUGAACCAAUACUACGGAACGUCAUGCUUCCGGAUACAGAAAUGUGUUGUCAGGAGAAUUUUCAAGAAAAUUGGCACGUGCGUCAGGAUUUCUAUCCGGUUCAGGACGUCCCUGAAAGUUUUAGCUAUCCGGAUACGGGACAAGGAUAUUUUGCGCAAGAACAGGCUGCAAUCGAUACGCCAGAUUUCCAGUUCGUCGAACCCAACCAGCGCUACACCAGGGCCGCCGUGGACCACUCGACAUACGAACAGAUUCAUCGCGAGAGUCCUGUGUACCCAGGAUUCUGCCACACCGACCAGUGGCUCCGAUGCCCGGCGUCCAGCUGUCCCCUCUACACGACGCCUGCCGACCUCUUCGCUCCACUUCCUUGCACCGCCGAAAGUUCCGACAUGCUUUUUUACUACGGCGAAGAACUCGGCCACCUCACCCCAGCAGAGCACCGGCAGCAUCUCGAAGAAUACCUGAGUAACGAGAAGAGGAAGGAAAAGUCCCGUGACGCUGCACGAUGUCGACGCAGCCGGGAAACCGAUAUAUUUACAGAACUGGCCGCUGAGCUUCCGGUCUCGCCGGAUCAGGCCAACCACCUUGAUAAAGCCAGCAUCAUGCGUUUGGCCAUUGCUUAUUUGAAGGUCCGAGCCGUUGUCAAUGCCAUUCCAGAACCUUUGGCUAAGUCAGAGCCCACUGCGGAGAUGGAUGAAUUCUUUCUCAAGGCUCUAGACGGAUUCAUGCUGGUCCUCUCCAGCAACGGGGACAUGGUCUAUCUGUCGGAGAACGUCAGCGACUACCUCGGAGUGUCUCAGAUGGACAUGAUGGGUCAGAGCGUUUACGAAUACAGCCACCCUUGUGACCAUGAGGAACUGCGCGAAUGUCUCUCGGUGAAGCCUCUUGAGAACAAUGAAAAACAUCCAUGCAAUUUCUUUCUGCGAUUAAAAUGCACCCUCACCAACAAAGGCAGGAAGGUCAAUCUGAAGAGCGCCUCCUACAAGGUCAUUCACUGCACUGGUCAUCUCAUGAUGACUCGUGAUUCGAAUUCAAACAAGGUGCCAAGUGAUGAUGAAGAGAACGAAGAUGACGUUGAAAGAGAAUCAGGCGCUUGUCUUGUUGUUGUUGGCUGUCCAAUACCACAUCCUAGUAACAUCGAGGUUCCUCUGGGCCGUCAUACUUUCUUAUCAAAACACAGUCUCAAUAUGAAAUUUACAUACGCUGAUGAUAAAUUAGCUGAAUACUUGGGUUGGGACAGUAGCGAACUCGUCGGCCAAUCGAUCUUUGAUUUCCAUCACGCUCUUGACAAUCCGGCACUCGACAAGUCCUUCAAAUCUUUGUUCAGCAAGGGCCAAUGCGAGACGGUAGCGUAUCGCUUCUUGGGUAAAAAGGGUGGCUUCGCCUGGGUCGUUACGCAGGCAACCCUCAUCCAUUGCUCGAAACAACAAAAGCCUCUCUCCAUCGUCUGCGUCAACUACAUCCUAAGCGGAGUCGAGUGUGAGGAUGAAGUCUAUAGUGCACGUCAGUUGGAGGCUCGCGGCUCCGUAAAUCUGGAGCAGCCAUCCGGUCUUCAGCAGCUUCCGGGGCUGGUGAACGCAGCGCCUGCGCAACUGCUGCCAGUGCAAAAUCCUCUGGCUUCGGUUCCACUUCCGGAACGUCCCAGACCUCAGGCCGUGACAGCUUCCCUCUUCCAUCCUCAGAAGAAAUCCUCAGAGGAGGAAGAAAGCUCCAAGAAGAAGAUCCCUGCGCCAAGACCUGUGGUUACUACUAAGAAGAUAUUUGCUCCGAAGCCCGAACUUCGCAAGGACUUUGAAGUCCAGCCGCAGAAGAAUCCUGCUCCUCCAAAACCGACGACGCACUUAUUCCAGGGAAAACCGAUACUGGACUACAGUCCAGAGCUGCAACAGCGGAAUCGUCCUCAAGCAGUUACGAGAAGCCUCUUUGCCCCGGCUCCUCCUCUGGAACAGCCAAGUCGUCCACCACCUCAGACUGCCACAGCGAGCAUCUUCGCGCCUCGCACCGAGGACAUGAACAAAGGCUUUCUCACUUUCAGCGAGGAUCACCCUGGCCUUACCAUGUUGAAGGACGAACCGGAAGAUCUUACUCACUUGGCGCCAACACCUGGAGACGUCUGCGUACCGCUCGAAGACACUCCAUUCCUCUCCGACAUGCUCGACGAAUUCAUUUUGAGCAACGAGAAUUAUUGUCCUCUUUUGAGUCCUGAUUUGCCCUCCGAACUUCGUGGCUCGGAACUUGGAGAUUCGGCUUUAAAGGAAACUGACUUGGGUGACUCCCUUGGAAACAGAGAACUCGGAGAGAGUCUAGCUGACAGCGAUCCCUUUAUGUACAGAGAUUCUCCAAGUCCCUGUAGUACUACUCCGAAUUUACUCUCACCAGCUCUUAGCAAGAGUCCGGAGCGGAGUGUUGACUCGCUCUGCAGCCCUAGUGGAAGCGGAAGCGGCGGUGGCCUCUCUGAAGAUGAGAUGUUGAUGCUGAGUAUCAGUGACGUUCUUGCGGACGAUGAACUGGCCUUAAGAGCGCCUUAUAUCCCUAUGUCUGAUCAGGACGAGGCUCUGCAGCUUCUCAUCAGUGACGAUAUGGUCAUGUGGGGCCCAGCACAGCCGCCCGACAAAAAGUCCAAAUGGAUAAACAAGGAGCAAGAACCUAAUAUGAGUUCCAGCCUCGCACAACUACUUAAAACGGAUGCUAAAUCAACGAAAAAAUGUAAUGAUCAUGGCGGAGGUCUGGUAGAUCCAACCGAUGUCCUUGGGCAGGCCUAUAAAAAGAGCACAAAUGAGGAUAGUCGGCAGAUUAAGGUAAAACACGCCCAAAAGCGAAUUCAUACGCCGAGCGCAUCAUUCGAGAACGAGAAUAAACGAAUCAAAUGCGAAGAGACAAAUUCAUCUAGCCUUCAGGAUCGAAUAAGCAUUGCUAAUGAACAAACUGCCUUGUCAGCCCGCGCGGGAAGUCAGCUGCUCCAGCAGUUGAUGUCCCAGCAAAUACCAAAGUCUAGGAUACUUCUAGGACACAGGGACGAGGGCAGUGGCAGUGGGGGUGGUGGUGGUGGUGGUGGUGGGACUGAUCGCACCAAUGGUACUAACGGUGGAACCGAGAGUCCCAAUCCUCGGCAGCAAUCGAAUAGCGUUCUUAUGAACCUCCUCGUGUCAGGGUGCGAUGACAUCGUUGACCCACGGAACAUACCGCCUCUACUAGAACAGAAACUGUCGCCACUAACGGUUCAUCUUGACAAUCAAAUGGUGCCCCAGUCUCCACGAGUUGUGUGUCUGGAUCAUCUGAGCCCAGACACCAGGAAGCAGCUGAUGAACUCAGUACCGAAUACCAAGAGAAUAGAGUCACCGAUACCAACGUCAAUGAUGAGUUUUGAGAAUUACGACUUUGACCCGAGUCUACUGCAGGCGUCGGACCUGCUGCGCACCUUGGACAGCUGCCUCGUGUAGAGACAAUACUGGCCUGCGUCUUCGCCAUAGGACCCACAACCACCAUUUUUUGGGAAUUGAUGCGUGGUGAACAUAAAAUUUUACGAUUAUCGUCAUGGAGCGAUUUUUUUACACGGCGGUGCGGCCGAAUCUUCUCAUUCGACCCUGAGAUGUUUUAUACUUUAGCCUUUAGAAUUUUCUGAUGUAUCAAUGUACGCGCCAUAUGAAAUGUGCAGAUAUACAUAUGUAUAGUGCCUCAAUAGUUUCCAAUCGGUCUGGGAGGGUUGCGACAGAUGUGAGAUCGGUUUUCACUUCAGAGUAAAAACCAAACAGAAGCGCAAGAAAACUGACGUAAUCUUUUGUUGCAAUUUUCCUAGAUACGGGGAUUUUCUAUCGCAGAAAAAAAUUGUAAUGCACGUGAUGCGCUAUGAUCGUCUGCUGCAUUGCAAUUUGUCAUUUAUAUUGUUCCGUGAGUCGUAUAGCCCGACAGCGGUUGGCAGCUCAUCAGCGGUGAUGCCUCCGAAACAUUCUUAUUUUUCAUCACAUGCGUACAGAGUAUGUAAUCUUCAAACGAUGUAGCAUUUAUUCUAAAGAGACAAUUCGUGGCGCUGAAAGAAACGUAUAUUCGUGUAUCGAGGAAGGCGAUUUCAAAGACACAAAAGUUAUACGGCGUCUACUGUAAAACUGCUAACUAACUGCUAUCUAGCAUUUGACAGCCUCUCGUACUAGGUCAAAAUUAUGCAUUGCAUGAAUUGUAACUCCGGUUUCUGGAUUACGAACGAUCUUCCGACCUUAAUGGAAUAAAAUUACACAAACCUGCCAACAUUUUUUCAUCUCGCCGUGCGAAAACCUUAGCAGGAUCGUCACUCGAAUUCAAGAUGUACUAGGUUCUAAAUAAUAAUUAAAGAAAGAUAUUAAAAAAUAAGGCAGAAAAAACAAUGAAAAAGCUGCUACAUGAAAUUAAUUUUCAUGUCGCUAUUUAGAUACGUCAGUCGAUUAUUCAAUCAGGGUUCGAUUGGCCUUCAUGUUCAAUGUCGAAGACGACUUACUGACAACUUGUUUUUAUAAACUGACUUGAUAUUUUUUGAUAAUUUUUAAAAUUAUACAUACAAGGGUUAUUCAAGGCAGACGCACCAUCUGAACUUAACAUGUUCGUUUUAUUUCUAUGUUAAAAUCACUUUUAGAUGGUGGGUUUGCCGUCAAUAAUCUUAAACAUAUAUAUAAAUAUAUAUACACACACAUUUCUAUGUGUAUUUAGAGAGACGAUGGCACAACCAUGCAACACACCUCUUCCAGGACACAAACACAAUACACUCAUUCAUGCACACCUGUACACAUAUCUUAAAACAAAUGUCACACAUAAGACACGUAUGGUUAUAUUUAAGAUUGUAAGUCGAAUAUCGGAUAAUGUGGGAAAACGAGUACUGCCGUGCAAGGCAUAGAAAAGGUGCAGGUGAAUCGCGUGUAGAUGCAGAGCAAAGGAAGAUAAGAGAUAGCUGCAAUCACAAAUGCAAUCAGAGAGACAGACGUAAAAAUUGAUAUAUAAGAAUACCGAGAUGCAGACACGCGGCAAUUGAACUCGUGUUAUGUACAAAGUGUAAGUUUAUAACGAUAGGAUAGUUUAAUGGGAAUUAACAAUUAUAAAUAUGCGAGUAGUAGCUCUUAAGAGAGAUCUUCUGUGUAUCUUCUUAAAGUCAGUGUAUAGAAACAGUGGGAAUUAAUGAGAAUGCUGAAAUGGUAAUGGUUUAGGAAAUGGAUUUGGCCAAAGGAUAAGUGGCCAAUUGGAGCCCAAAGUUCAGCAAACGUGGCAGUUGUCAUUUGAUAAUCUAUUGCGAUAUUUUAGUUCAAUGCGAAAUACGAGAAAGAGAAAUUCUCCAGAAAAAAAAAUGCAUCCGUGCCAUUCAAGAUUCUUUGGGCUCAUAUUUUACAUUUCACAAUUUUCAAUUUCAUAGUCAACAUUUAUUUUUUUUUGUGUUACGUUACGUUACGUUGAUCUAGCCUACCGACAUCAGUGAUCGUACACACGAUAUAGUUGCUCGCUUGAACGCAUCCAUACCAGGCAUGAAAUAAUAUGGGGAUAAACUGAAUAUACUGAUUGUAAAAUGACAACUAGGAAAGAGAACAUUUGAAAAUGCAGAAAUUUAGUGAAUAAUGAUGGAAAGUACAAAAGUUUAAGAACUAAUGGGAAAAAGCAAAAUAGUCUUCAGGCGAAGAGUAGGCGAGAUAAAAUAGAAAUUUUCCUAAUUGCCGAAUCUGGACCCAUUUUAAAAGCUUUGAACAGGAAAUAUAGAUAGAUUUUGUAUGUGUUACCGAUGAAAAGGAUGAUGACGAUUAUAAUUAUUGAUGAGCGAAGGCUGAAGUUUCACAGUGAGCGCAAUCCUCUGCUAGAUUCGAUUGAUUUGACCCGAAGCGAAAAUCCCGAGAUCAGAUGUUCCAACCAGCCUGCCGAAAUUUCGAGUACAAAUUGUAUAAGAAAAGUUGAAAAAGAUUACUGUACUAUUUCGUAAUCAAUGUGAGAUCUGUUGCAGUUACAACUAGUAACAAGUGUUAGUAAUCUUUGUUCUAUGUCUAUGAUAACGGUACACACUCUAGCAUCAUUAGCAACGAUGUCAAUACGAUCAUGUUUAUUAUCUUUAUUAGCAUAGAUUGCUAUUAAUCAUAUUAAUAUUCUGAAUUAUUGAUUACUAUUACCAUCGGUUUUAUAAUAGUGUCGAUACAUAAAUAAAUAUCAGUUUUAACAACAA